AUGCACACUCUCGCGCACUCUCACGCGCACUUUCUCUCUCACGAGCUCUCUCACGCGCACUCUCACACGCACACUCACGCGCACACUCACGCUCUCUCACGCGCUCUCUCACGCGCUCUCUCAUACGCACCCUCACGUGCUCCCUCACGCGCUCUUACGCGCGCUCCCUCACGCCCUCUCUCACGCACUCUCUCACGCGCUCUUUCACGCGCACUCUCAUGCGCACUCUUUCAGGCACACUCUCACGCGCUCGCUCUCGCGCACUCUCACGCACCUUCUCUCUCUCACGCGCUCUCUCACGCGCUCUUUCACGCGCAGUCUCACACGUACUCUCACGCUCUCUCACGCGCUCUCUUAUACGCAACCUCACGUGCGCUCUCUCACGCGCUCUCUCAUGCGCUCUCUCACGCGCUCUCUCACGCGCACCCUCACGCACUCCCUCACGUGCUCUCUCACGCGCUCCCUCACGUGCUCUCUCAUGCGCUCUCUCACGCGCUCUCUCACGCGCUCCCUUACGCGCUCUCUCACGCGCUCUCUCAAUCGCUCUCUCACGCGCUCACUCACGCGCUCCCUCACGCGCUCCCUCAUGCACGCGCUCCCUCACGCACGCGCUCCCUCAGCGCGAUAGGCGCCUGCGCGCUAGGCGCCAGCGCGCUAUGCGCCAGCGCGCUAGGCGCCAGUGCGCUAGGCGCCAGCGCGCUAUGCGCCAGCGCGUCUGGCUCCAGCGCGCUAGGCGCCAGCGCGCUAAGCGCCAGCGCGUUUAGCGCCAGCGCGCUAAGCGCCAUCGCGUUAGGUGCCAGCGUGCUAGGCGCCAGCGCGCUAGGCGCCAGUGCUCUAGGCGCCAGCGCGAUAGGCGCCAGCGCUCUUGCGUGCUUGCUCUCAACUUAUAAGGAAAGUAGAAUAUAUAGGACACUUCGAAGGGAGAAGGAAACGCACAUGAGACAACCGCGCCUACGAAAACAACGGGCGGUCGUGCAGCAACCCGCGCUCGUGCUCGUGCACCCACCAAAGGCGACAGUGGGAAGGGAGAAGGAGGCAACGACGAGAAGGAAGCGAGAGUGA